AUGUCCAAACGUGGCAGGAGGCAAGAUAGAGGUGAAGAUGAGCAAUCCGCGCUUGAAAGUGAGAGAGAGCAGCGGAACAAGAAAGAGAAGCAUAGACAUACAGAGCAGCGUCGAAGCAAGGAUAAGAUCGAGCUGAAGCAGGAGGAGCUUCGAAGCAAGGAGGCCGAGCUUCAAAACAAGAGGACAGAGGCACGGCUGAAGCAGCACCUUGAAGGGGAGAACAGGCAAUACUGGGAGGGGGUACUGCAGGACCUUGCGGAGCAGGAGAGGAAGCUAGAGAGGGAUAAGCUCGAGCUGAAGCAGGAGGAGCUUCAAAACAAGAGGACAGAGGCAAGGCUGAAGCAGCACCUGGAAGGGGAGAACAAGGAAUACUGGGAGGGGGUACUGCAGGACCUUGCGGAGCAGGAGAGGAAGCUAGAGACGAGGAGGAAGCAGCUUGAAAGAAAGGAGGAGCUUCAAAAGGAGAAGGAUAAGCUCGAGCUGAAGCAGGAGGAGCUUCAAAACAAGAGGACAGAGGCAAGGCUGAAGCAGCACCUUGAAGGGGAGAACAAGGAAUACUGGGAGGGGGUACUGCAGGACCUUGCGGAGCAGGAGAGCAAACUAGAGAAGGAGAAGGAGCAGCUUGAAAGAAAGGAGGAGGAGCUUCGGAAGGAUUGGAAAGAUCCCCGAGCCAAAGAGGACAACGUGUCUUGGAAUGAGGUAUCUUGGAAUCGUGACGCGGUAGGUUACAAGGAAGAGGGCAAUCUUUUCUGUCUGGAUCGAUCGUUUUUGGAUCGGGGCCGCUCUGGCCAAGUAGAAAGACAGCAGGCGAUUUUCUGCAGGGAAUGCUUCAAAGAGCAAUGGAAUUUCAUUAAGGAGAGGGUUUGUAAUUUCGGGUGUCUGGGUUGGAUCCUAGGCCCUCCAGGGACGGGGAAGUCGACGACGACCAUGUCUUUUAUACAAUCGCUGAGCAUGCAGGAGGGGUGGAAGGUGAUGUGCGUGCGGUUGUGGAAGUGGGGUGCUGUGAAUGUCCUACAAGCUGAGGAUGGAGUUUUGAGAAUUACUGACUUGCCACGCAAUGGUGCAGAAGAGAUGCUGAGAGGAAUUCUUAGAGGAUGGACACAGAGCGGGAAGAAGUAUCUUGUCUCGCUGGACGGUUACCAACAGGACGUACAUGAUUUAAUACUGAGUGAAUGCGUGUUCUGGCUUAACCAUGACCGGGACAACCGGCGGGUUGUGAUCACAACGUCGAUGAGUUCUCGAGAAAAGAAAAAAAUUGAGCAAGAUAGAAUUGAGAAGGUAGAGGAGUUGAUGGUGUACUCGUGGACAUUGGAGGAGUACCUGGAGGCCGUGAAGUACGACUUGUUCUACAAGAGUGUGGCUGGUGUGGUGGAAUUGAGCUUAGAUACGACAGGAGGCUCGUGGGAGACAAGGUCGAGAGAUGUCGAGUCGAAGUAUCAGAUUGUUGGAGGCUCAUGCCGCUACAUGUUCGAAUGUACGACAGAUCAGGCGAUCCAAGAUCUCCGUGGAGCGAUGGACUCUGUCUGUGAUUUCCAGACGCUGUUCGACAUGAGGACGGGCGACCGUACCAAGCAGUUUGUCAAUCGGCUGCAUGGGAAGUAUCGAAAUGGAAACCAAGUAUACUGGAGUUUUGUCAGUAGGUUUGUUGCCAGGGAGCUAGCAGAGAAGCUCGGAGAAUCGUUUGUGAGGAAGAUUGAGGAGCUCCCAGGCGCGACUGAGAAUCCGUCUCUUCGGGGUUUUUUGUUUGAGAUGCUGUUCUUCGCUCGGAUAGGACGAAAAGCAGGGCUGCAGGUAACCCUCAGGCCAGAGGGAGAAGAAGCCGAGUCAGAGAAUCAAGGCGAGUCAGAGAAACGCGACGACUGGAAAGGGUGCAGCGUGAAACCUCUUGAAGCCAGGGAAGUCGACAAAGCUCGGAUGCAAGGGACAAACAGGUUGUGCCUGAAGCCGUUGAGAUGGAAUCAAGAGGGCUAUGAUGCAGUGAUUGUGGACUUCAAUUGCAAACUGGUGCGUUUCGUACAGGUAACCAUUGCGGAGACGCAUGACCUCAAACUGCGGUACAUGUAUGACUGUCUGAAAACCUUGAGGAUUGAGGAAGGGGGGACCUGGAAGGUGGAGGUUGUGUUUGUCGUUCCAAAGGAGAAUCUCUACAAGUUCAGAAUAAGCAAUGUGGAAAACAGCGGCAUACUUACAAAGUACGGGUGGGCACGCGGAGAGGAAGAGAUCGACGCUCAUGUGGCUGGAAUGAGCUCCAGACCGCAAGGAUAG